CUCAGGAGACAAACUCUCUACAACCACCCCAUCAUCUCUCGUCGGCCGCCACCUCGUCGACGCUUGAAAUACGACAAUUGAAUCUACAAAGAACCACAGAAUAAAAUCACACACAACUUGCGAUGGCAAAAUUCACAAUGCUCGCCGCAGCACCCACGCGCGCAACCACCCUCCUCACGCCCUCCUCGACAUCAUCAUCGCUCAUCCAGUGCCGCUUUGCCAGCUUUGUCGCGCGCCCUCGCAGACCAUACAAAUUCACACAGCUCGUCACUCUGUCCGACGGCUCGACGUACACGGCGCGCACGACGUCACCACAUCCCGUGUACCGCACGGCCAAGGACUCCCGCAACUCGGUCACAUGGCAGCCCAAUGAGCGCUCUCUGCGCGGUGUCGAACUUGAUGAGGCAGGUCGUUUGGCGGCCUUCAGACAGCGCUUCGGUCGUGGUUUUGAUGCCUCGCAGGCAAGCGAGGAGGGCGGCGAGGCUCAGCAGCAACAGAAGCAGCAGGAGAGCGCGCCGGCGGACGACUACGCUGACUUGCUGAGCGCGUAUGCGCCGCAGGAUACGGGGGCCAUGAAGGAAUCGGGACCCAAGAAGAAUGCAGUCAAGCGAAAGUAAAAUAAGAAAUGGAUAAAAGUGAUGGGAGACGGUUGACGGAGGAGGAAUAUUGCAUAGCAUAUGUAUUAUAUCGUAACUUCAUACAGGUGUACAAUUAACUGGUUGGAAUACAUGGAAA